AUGGCAUCUUCCAGCAAGCUUGGUGAAGACAAAUCUUCAGCAGUAGUUCAUGGGCUAAAUGAAUCUGAGGCUUCUUAUCUGAUUACUAGUGUUGAGCUUCUAGAAACCAAGCUUAAGACUGCAUUGUUAAAUGUCAACUCUGUUAAACAUAUCAUUCAUGUGGACAAUAAGACUAUCAAUAAAGCUGAGUACCCUGAAGGAUUUGAGAUUCACAGCAUGCAAUCGGUAGAAGAGUUGGGCUCCAAGCCAGAAAAUGCAAGCAACACUCCAAAUAGACCAACUCCUUCAGACUUGGCUAUCGUAAUGUAUACCAGUGGUUCUACCAGUCUACCAAAGGGCGUAAUGAUACAUCAUUGCAACCUGAUAGCCGGAAUGACAGGCCAGUGUGAAAGAAUACCUGGAUUGGGACCAAAGGACGCUUACAUUGGCUACUUGCCCCUGGCCCAUAUACUGGAAUUGACAGCAGAGUUAUCUUGCUUCACCUAUGGCUGUAGGAUUGGAUAUUCUUCUCCACUUACACUUUCAGACCAGUCCAGCAAAAUUAAAAAAGGAACCAAAGGAGAUUGCACUGUCCUGAAGCCAACACUCAUGGCUGCUGUUCCAGAAAUCAUGGAUCGAAUUUAUAAGAAUGUUAUGAGCAAAGUCCAAGAGAUGAACUAUAUUCAGAGAACUCUAUUCAAGAUAGGAUAUGCUUACAAAAUAGAGCAGAUUAAAAAAGGAUAUGAUGCACCUCUUUGCAAUCUGAUACUGUUUAAGAAGGUGAAGGCUCUGCUAGGAGGGAACAUUCGUCUGAUGCUGUCUGGCGGUGCAACCCUGUCUGCUCAGACUCAACGUUUCAUGAAUGUCUGCUUCUGCUGCCCAGUUGGCCAGGGCUACGGGUUAACUGAG